AUGGAUUCUGUUCUAAGUGCCAACUUAUUGUCGAAUAACAUGGCUCAAACCAAAUAUAAUGGCGUAUCGACGAAUUCAGAAAUCGAAAACACUGACCAAGUAACUGAUGACCAGGAAAUUGAUAAACGAUCCGUGCAAUAUUAUGAAUCCGGAUUCCAUGAUAAGUCUUCUGAUCGCUGCAUCAGAGGCACAUUAACAUUUUCAUUACGGUACGACUUCAUCCAUCGAGUUUUGAUGGUUCACGUGAUAAGAGCGAAUGCUCUCCCUCCUGAAAAUUUGGAACCGUAUGUGAAACUGUGCCUCUUGCCUGAAAGACGGAAUCAGUGCAAAACUCGAAUAUUCAAAAACUCUUGCAAUCCUGAAUUCAAUGAAAUGUUUUCAUUCGAUGUUAGCUAUGCUAAUUUAUGCAAUAGAAUGCUCCAAUUCACAGUCUAUAACUUCGAUCGUUUUACACGACAUGAUCUUGUUGGUAAUGUUAUUAUGAGAGAUCUAUUUGAUAAAUCAGAUUUAAGCAGCUGGACUGAACACACUAUGCAAAUUGUCGGCAGUUUGGGUAAAGAUGAUUUUGGUGAUUUGUUAUUGUAUUUAUCGUAUUCCGUUGUCAACCGAAAGCUUUUUGUUACCAUAUCCAAGGCAUACAAUUUAAGACCGAUGGAUAUUACUGGCGCAUCAGAUAAGAACUACCCCUACGUGAAAAUUGAACAGAUCUAUCAACGACAGCGCGUAAAAGCACGUAAAACAUCAAUUAAACGUGCCAAUUUAAACCCCGUCUAUCAUGAGUGCCUUGAAUUUGAUCUUCCUUUGAAUGAAAUUGAGCGAACUAAUCUACUAGUUCAAGUAAUGGAUUGGGAUAGAAUAGGCCACGAUGAUUUGCUUGGCUGUUGCAUUAUUGGCAGGAAUAGUCCUACGCCAGAAGGUAGGAAGCAGUGGAUUGACUGCUUCAAGGACCUUGAUAUCAAUAUGGCUUGCGAUGAUUCUAAUCGGCGCACGAUAGGUACGUGGCAUAGUAUUUUGGAUGAAAUACCUGAAGGAUUCCGCAACGUUCCAAAAGCAAAAAAGUAA